GUUUGGCAAUCAUGUGAAUCCCCUCCACCCCCUAUGUCGGUGCCUCCCAACCCCAAGAAAAAAUCUCUGACUGCUAAUGCUUUUUCUCUUUUAAAGCUCUCUCAUUCCAAGCUAGAUCUAUUCUCAUACUCUCUCUCUCUCUCAAGCAAAGGUCUCAAAGCUUUAAAAAUCUUGUUGGAUCGCAAUGUCUUCGACAUUGGUAGCAUCUUUGAAUCCCAACGGCGAAGAGGUAAAAUCCGCAAACCCUACCCUCCAUUCUUCGAAUUCGAGCAAUGGCAAGCCUUGUUCCAUCAAUGCCACCGCCACCACCACCACCACCACCAAGCCAUUCAAGAUCUUCGUUGGCUACGAUCCCCGCGAAGACCUCGCUUUCGAGGUCUGUCGCCACUCCAUCCUCACACGAACUUCAAUCCCCGUUGAGGUCUUGCCCAUCAAGCAAUCCGAAUUGAGGCAAAAUGGUUUGUAUUGGCGAGAAAGAGGCAAACUCGAGAGCACCGAGUUCUCUUUUAGUCGAUUCUUGACACCUUACUUGGCCAAUUAUGAGGGUUGGGCUAUGUUUGUUGAUUGUGAUUUCCUUUACUUGGUUGAUAUUAAGGAAUUGUGUCAAUUGAUUGAUGAUAAAUUUGCUGUAAUGUGCGUUCAACAUGAUUAUACACCUAAAGAGACUACCAAGAUGGAUGGCGCGGUUCAAACCGUGUAUCCGAGGAAGAAUUGGUCUUCCAUGGUGUUGUAUAAUUGUGGCCAUCCCAAGAAUCGGGUGUUGACGCCCGAGGUUGUCAAUUCUGAGUCGGGUGCCUUUCUUCAUAGGUUUCAAUGGUUGGAUGAUCAUGAAAUUGGGGCUGUCCCUUUUGUUUGGAACUUUCUUGUGGGUCAUAAUAAGGUUGUUGAGAAUGAUCCGACUACGUUCCCAAAGGCCAUACAUUAUACUCUUGGAGGACCGUGGUUUGAGGCUUGGAAAAAUUGUGAAUUUGGAGAUCUUUGGAUUAAGGAAAUGGAGGAAUACAACAAGGCAAUGGAGAAAAAAGUAGAUUAGGUAGUCAGUCGUAGCCGAUGACUAAAAAAUUUCUUAAUUCAUAUGCAAUGUUUAGAUAAGAUAAUUGUUGGCUCGCUAUUGUUUUUCCUAGAUCGGUACUAUUUUAGUAGUUACAUAGGCAUUACUGGCAUAUAUGCUAUGUGGAUCAUGAGAUCUUCCUAUUGUUUACUUUCAAUUGUUUUUAUAUUCAAUUGUAAUUCUACACUCGCGUGUAAUAUCAAAUUCAUUGAUCAUUUGUAUUGCGUUAAUUAUGGUAUUGAUGUGUAUAAUUUGUGCA